AAAAAAAAACCCUUAACCUUACCUUAGGCAUCGUUCUCCAGCCUUCUAUCUCCUCAGCCGCACGCAUCGUUCCAGUCGUCUCCAUCGUUCCAACUGCAGACUCGCCAGGCCGGUGUCUGUGUAGGAGAGCCCCUCCGCAGGUUCACCAGAGUCGCCGGGCCUCCUUCAACAGUGUCCGUCUGCCACUCUCAGUCGCGGCCGUCUCUGCACAACACACCACACUCCGCCGCCCCCUUUUCAGUAGAGCCGCCGUACUCGUCUCCAUCUUCUCUAGACCUUGUUUUCUCAAUAGAGGUUUAGUUUUCUAACCAUUUGUCAUAUCAUUUAAUUUAUUGAACUUUAUCAAUUUUUAGGUUAUUGUUUCUGUGAAUUUAUUGGUAGAAUUGAUGUUAUGUUUUCAUAAAUUGAGGUUUGUGAUUCCUUCGUACUCAUUUGUGUUUAUCAUUUCCUUCUCAAUUGCUAGCCUGUGCACAGUACCCGUUUGUUGUAAUGUCAAAACUGAAUUUAUAUUUAUGAAAGUAUAUUCUUCAUUAUUUUUUGAAAUUAAGCGUAGGACAACUCUAUAUCUCCAAGCGUAGGACAACUCUAUAUCUGCAAAGUGCAGUUGCAGACUUGGAUUCUUUCAUAUAUAAGCAUUUUCUGAUUUCUUUAAAUGAGUAUGAAAUUAACCAUAGAAACAUGUUGAUUUUGCAAUGGAAGUCAGACUAUGGAGUUAAAAAAGUUGAAUUAAAUUCUAGAUAAUAGUCCGUAGCCAUAUGUAUUAAAAUCUAUGUUGUUGAAGGUGCUAGGUGGGCAUAGAGGAGCCUAGGCGCAGCCUUACAGAUAUAUUUUUUGUUUUGAUUUUGUGUAUGGUUUCUAUAGAACAAAGAUAAGAGAAGGAUUUUGAAUAUGAUUCAGCACACAAAAUACAUUACAAGAGCUGCAAUUUAUACUACAACUAAGUAUAUCUAUAUGGUAAGAAAUAAAGCUCUCAUAAAUGAGAAAUAUAUGUAACGGUUCUUCACUAAUCAAUUACAAUAUUAUGUAUUAAAUGAGAAAUAUAUGUAACGGUUCUUCACUAAUCAAUUACAAUAUUACUACCUGGAGGUGGUGAUGGUUUGGCCAAUUGGGAGGAUCAAGAUAUAGUGAAACAGAAGAGAUAUCCAUGGAUGGGAGGAGUAUUAUCUAUAAUAUUUUGUGCCUUUUGAUAUAUGCCCUAUUUAUAUUUUGUGAAUUAAGAUGGAAGAAGGGCUGGUUGUGGGUUGCCAGAGAACAAUAAUGAAGCUAAAUUAUUUUUUAAAGCUCUGUUUUGAAAGAAGACAGAAAUGGGUUAAAUAUUUCUAUUGAAGUAGAACUUGUUUGUGUGGUAUAUAUACUAGCAUGACACAGAGGGGUGCCACACAGAGACCUUUUAAUGCAGCUACACUUGUUUUCAGGAGCUUAGUCUUGACUCUUGAGCCACCCUUUAGCCCCUAUACCAACCCAUGUACUACAGUACACUAUUUCUCUAACAAAUGAGGUUUUGUUUUGGUUUUCCAAUUUAAAAUAUAUUAUACUCUCUCCCUCUCAUUAAAAUUGUUUCAUCUUUUUUUUAGAGAAUCAUUGUGCUAGGUGGAAUAUUUUUUAUCAUAAUAUUAUUAUUUGGAUAUGAUACACAUUAAAAACAUCAUAUACGAUAGUAUUUGGAAUAUGAUACUAUAUUUUAACCUGAGACUAAAAACAUCAAAUAGAUAUACACUUGCAUGAUUUUCUUCAUAUAUAUAAUUUUUAAUGCAACACAACACCUAGUAAAUUUAGUUAACCUAAUAUUAUUUGGUUAUAAAAUCUAACUAAUGUGAUUUUCAAUUUUUUAUGCAAAGAUGAGUCGAAGCUGGAUGUACGGUAAAAGGAACACAUUGGAGUUUAUGAAUGGGGUAGCUGAGUUUUGCAAAUGUUGUUUAGAUUAUAGAGCGUUGACUGGUUGUGAUGAAUUAUAUUGUCCUUGUGCAUGUGGAUUGUGCCAAUGUAAAUUCAUUCCAGUCAAUAGAGACAAUCAGAGAACAUCUAAUUCGUCGUGGAUUUAGACAAGAAUACUAUGUAUGGGUAUGGCAUGGUGAGAAAGGUGUGUAUACAGAAGAUCAAACAAAUGCCAAUGAGAUGACCAAUGUCACAAUCGAGACAUGUUCUGAUGUUGAGGGUGAGAAUAAUGACGACAUUGAAACUGAAAGUGAAGGUGAAGAUGAAAAUGAAGAUGAAAUGGAAGAUAAUGAUGAGGGUGACAAAGAUUAUCACAUUGAUGAGAUGAUGGGUGACGUCAAAGAUCAUUGUAGUGGACAACCACGUAUAUUUGAGAAUUUGUCACAAGCAGCAGAAAAGCCAUUGUAUCACGGGUGUACAAAAUGUUUUAUUGUCACUUACUAGAGAUUGCAAAUGGUUGCACUCGAUGAUAGCAUCCCGAUCUAGUGAUGAUCCCAUUGCUAUUACACUGGAUGCUUCUAUGUUCCAUUAUGAAUCUGAUGAUAGUCAUGCACUUCUUACUAUCGAGGACAUCAGUCAGUUUCUAUCUGGAGCAAUGAUUAACAUUUCCAUUAUUCAAGUAUUUGUGAUAGCUAUGCAGGAUUAUCUACAGGGUCUGGAUACAUUUGCACAGCUUGGAUGGAUGUGUCCCGAAUCAAUUUCUUCAACAGCAUGUGAAAGUAACUCUGAAGAUGUGAAAGUUUACAUACACCGAGCAAUCACUAAAUCCCAGAAUGCAGACAUAGAUAUUCUUGUUGCUCCUUAUUAUGAAAAUUAUCACUGGGUAUUGCUUGUGAUUUGGAUCUCACGUGGCAUGAUAUUUGUGUUUGAUUCUCUUCGAACUAGCCCGAUGCGUCGUUUAUUAAUCAUGUCAUUGUUCAGCAGUGUUUUUCGAAAUACUUGUGCCCAUGGAAGUGAAAAAGUGAACAAGAUCAUUUGGAAACAGAUGAAGUGCGCAAAACAAACGGGCAGCUUAGAGUGUGGAUAUUAUAUGAUGAGAUUCAUGUAUGAUCUGAGUAGAAGUAUCAAUGAAGGUCAAGAUCUGGAGCAGGUGUACACGAGCACCUUACGAGAUGAGGCGUUUUCAAUGGCAGAAAUUGAUGAAAUUCGUGAUAGAUGGACGAUGUAUGUUUGCGACAAUUUGUUGUAAACUCUAUAUUAGAUUGAAAAUGUAUUAACUAUAUAACUUUUGGCGAUAUAUGUUUGCGACAAUUUGUUGUAAACUCUAUAUUAACUCUAUAUUAGAUUGAAAAUGUAUUAACUAUAUAACUUUUAGGUAACUUUUUUUGUCUUGUGAUAUUUGGAUUGAUAU